AUGACGCAGGAGUUGAGUGACGGGAGACAUGAGAGGCCUCGCCGACGCGCCGCCCUUUCGCUGCGCCGCACCCACCAACGGUUCCUUCUCCGCCAACAGCAGUUCACGCAGCAGUACGCGGCGAUGUACCAAUGCAGGGAGGCAGCGCUGCAGCCGCGUGCACUCCGCGCCAUCCGCGCGAUGGCUGACGCUCACGUUCCUACUGGCGGUGCUGCCCCGCCCUUUGCUCGCGUGCUAAAUCUUGUCCCGGGGCAGCGCGCGCUGUGUGUGGGAGUGAUCUACAAGCAGAUGCGGCUGCUUCCACGCUUUCUCGAUGAGUAUCAAAAGGAACUUAUCCGCAUUGAUGCUGGUGAGGAUGACGAGGGGGAGGGUGACGCCGCGGAUGCCCUUUGCGAUGCGCCUCCACUUGUCAGUGAGGUAGGCGAGGGGAAAGAGGGUGGAAACAAUAAAACUGCUGAGGAGUCUGGGGAUCGUGGCGAGACUGGGCAGCAGCCUGUCUCACUCUGCACCCCGCUGGAUGAAGUCUUCAUGGAGGACAGCAGCGGCCGCGUGCUACUCCAGGGGGUUUCAGUGGAUUUGCUUUGCACGGGGCUUGUACUGGGCGUGGACGGGACGCUGCGCGAGAAUGGGUGCCUUUUGGUUCACAGUUAUACCCUUCCAGAUUUGCGGGAUAUUUACGUCCCGCGACUGCUCCCGUGUAGCUCCCCACUUCCGCCUUGCUACGUGGGAAUUGUCUGUGGGCUGGGAUUGGGCAGCGCACAGGCGCCGAAUGCAGCAGGGGCCCGUAUCCGCACGAUGGUGGAGCUGCUCAUAGAUUAUUUGGCUGGCCACGUUGGCGAUGACGCCAUGGUGACGCAGGCCUCCCGCAUUGCCCGGUUGGUGGUGGCAGGCAACAACAUUGCCCCCACCGAUGAGCUGCGGCUAAAGCGGAAGGUUAAGUUGGACCCCUCCGAUCACACACGCCUUAGCGACGACAAGCAGGAGAGCGGCAUCGUCACCUCUGCGAUGCUUAUGAGCGAACUCGACGCUGUGCUGGCGCGCCUCGCGGACACCGUCGAUGUAGAUUUGAUGCCCGGGGAGCAAGACAUGAGCAACGCCUUUCAGCCGCAGCAGCCACUCCACCCACUGCUGCUUCCAGAGGCUGCCCGGCGCUCCUCACUUAAGCUUGUGACGAACCCCUACGAGUUUCAUGCAUUUCCCGGCGAACCCCUCGCCAAUGCUGCCGCGACGAAAGCGUCGAUGGAGGGCGGCACGAUAUUUUUCAUUUCUGCUGGUAGCAACUUGAAUGACGUCAGCCGUGAAACCCGAUACCCGACACGCUUGGACGCGAUGACCAUGCUGCUCCGCUGCGGCUGCGCCUGCCCGACGGCCCCCAACACGUUGUUUAGUUAUCCCUUUAAGGUGUCCGACCCGUUUGUCUUCCCAAGCGCCCCGCACUGUUUUGUUUGCUGUGACCAGCCGGAGAUGCAGACACAGUGGAUGCAGCUUGCGAACUUCAACCCGGCCUGCGGCGACACCACAAACAAGGUGACCUCUGAAGACGACAGCGUAGGAGUGAGACUUAUUUGUCUGCCACCGUUCUGUCAAACCGGGACGCUCGUGCUUGUGGAUGUGAACGCACCGAAGCUGGACACGGUUGUUGUUAAUUUUGCCUCCGCAUCGCAGGUGGCGCUGUAA